AAUAUUUGACAUUUAAGCUAAUGACAGUUUUGUCGUUUACUGCUUGUAUUGUAUGUUUUGCGUUUUUGUUAUUCCACCUUAAUCAAUUAGUUAUUUUCGAUAUUAUAACUAAAAUUCGAUAUUUGAGUUGUUUAUUAAAUUAGUAGUUAAGAAAAUAGCAUCAAGAUGGUUGUCUCUCCACAAAGCCCCGCUAGUGAAACUCAAAGUGUAAAAUCUAAAAACCUCAAUAUGGCGACGAAACCAUCGCAAUCUGUCGCAGAUACAAGGGUAGAGUUAGCAGAGCUAGUAAAAAGAAAAGCAGAAGUGGCUGAGACAUUAGCUAAUUUAGAAAGACAAAUUUAUGCUUUUGAGGGUUCAUAUCUAGAAGACACUCAACUUUAUGGCAAUAUAAUUAGAGGUUGGGACAGAUAUCUUACAACAAAUAAAAGCACAAAUUCUAAAGCAGACAAAAGAAACAGAAAAUUUAAGGAAGCUGAAAGAUUAUUCUCAAAAUCCUCUAUAACUUCUAUGGCUGCUGUUAGUGGAUUGGUUGAUGCAGCUGAAACAAAAAAUGAGAGAAAUAGUGAGACUGAAUCCCAAACUAACGAAGACUCUUCAGACACCCAAAUAAGCACAGGCUUGAGUAUUGGGACAUUAAAUCACACAACUAUACAUGGUUCAACUGAAAGUCUAGCAUCAAAACCUUCAGGAAAACAACAAACUAAUGGAAGUAUUGAUAAAAGUAUAUCUUCGUUAACAAAGACUCCCACUCAGAAAAUAGUCACUAGUGGUUUAUUACAAAAAUCAUUCACUGCGGAUUCUAAAGUUUUGGCUAGUAUGGGUUUAGACAGCAGACCUGGCACACCAAAAGACAAAGAUGGUGGGAUGAGUCUUAUGAAUAAAGGUGAUAUGACACCUAAUGCAUUGAAACAUAAAUUAUCUAAUAGUAGUAGCAAUAGUAAUGUUAAGAAAAAUAGCAAUAAGAAGGCCAGAAAUCGAUAGAAUGUGUUUAUUCUUAACAAAUAUCUAACAAUUUUAUGAUCUCUAUGAAGUAGUAACAUGAAACACUUGAGUGUUCAAUUAAUGAAAGAAACAAAAUAACCAAAUUCAAAUAAUUGUCUUAGCUUGUUCGGCUAUCAAUAGACCUCAUAAAUGACUGUUUAAAUCUUGACUCUGAAA